AUGAAAGGCAUAUAUGGUAUAGGAACAGACAUUGUAAAAAAUAUCAGAAUUUAAAGAAUAAUAUAAGCAUCUAUUAAAUAGAGAUUUUUAAAUAAAGUACUGCAUUAAAUUGAAAUAGAUGAAUUUAAUAAUAAAACAGAUAUUUAGAUGUAAGUAAGAUAUCUAGCCUCAAGAUGGGCAUAUAAAGAAUCUUUAGUAAAAGCAAGUGGAAGAAAAGAUUUAAUAUUUAACCAUAUAUAUCUAGAAAAAGAUAAUGAAAGGCCAAUUGUUAAAUUAAUUGAUACAAAUUAUAAAAUUAUAUACCAAGAAAUGUAAAUUAAAGAUAUUUAAGUUUCAAUAUCUCAUGAAGAAGAUUAUUCAAUAGCUUUUGUAGUUUUAACUUAUUGA